AUGUUCGAUCGUAAACGUCCGUUAAAUGUGCAGCUGCCACAAGAUACAGUUACCAUUUUGACAUAUCCGAAAAAUUUGCCAAUCCCGCCAUGUCCUGAUGGAAUCAAUCAAGCAAGUUGGGCGAAAGCUUUUGAGGAGGCGACCGUUUAUUUGAUUGGAACAGCUCAUUUCAGCAAAGAAUCUCAAGAAGACGUAGUCAAGACGAUUGCCGUUACGCAGCCCGAUCUGGUAAUGGUAGAGCUCUGUCCGAGCAGAAUUUCGAUUUUGUCAAUGGAUGAACAAACUCUCUUGAAGGAGGCUAGCGAUCUAAACACACAGAAAAUAUUGACAACUAUUAAGCAGAGCGGUGUUGUGCAAGGGAUUUUGCAUGUGCUGUUGCUUUCUAUGUCCGCUCAUAUUACAAGGGAAUUGUCUAUGGCUCCCGGUGGUGAAUUUCGCGCUGCUCACAAGGCAGUUAUGCAAACACAGCUUUGUCGCCUUGUCCUGGGAGACCGUCCGAUUCACGUUACACUUCAAAGAGCACUUGGUUCACUCAACUUCUGGCAGAAAAUCAAAUUUUUCUGGCAUGUUGCGCUGUCACAUAGUGCAUCAAUAACCCCCGAAGAGAUUUUUGUUGACGAGCGAGAUGCGUAUAUGACUCAUGCUCUUCAUUCUUUGUUACAAAAGAAUACGAUUGAGAAGCGACUGUCAUGGGAACGCACUGAUGUUGAAUGGCAACCUUUACGGGUGGCUGCAGUUGUUGGAAUCGGCCACACCCCAGGAAUUGUUGCCCACUGGGAUAAUCCCGUUGAUAUAGCGCCACUUCUUCAUAUUCCUCCUCCAUCUACCUCCACAAAAAAUUAUCAGAACUUUCGAUCAUGGAGCGAUGAGAAUUCUCAAUUUGGGGGGCUCGUUUUCGGAAGGACAGCGCGGAAGGAGGUUGUCCUCGUGGUCUUUGCUCCAUCCGAAGUUCUUGUCAAGUCCACGGUUCACUUCAUGCUGAACUGUAUGAGUGCAGAUGUGGAGCUUGUGGGAAACGUUUGUGUCGAAGGUGACGAUGCUCCACUUAUUGGAGAUGGCUUCACUCUUACAACAACUAGAGAGAUACUGGAUGCCGCUGAUGUGACCACGUUUCUUACUCAAAACGAUAUUCUGAGACAUAGCAUCCUCGUGCCUGAUGGUCUGUCUGUCAGAGCUCAGGUUGGAUUCUCUUGUGCGUUACGAAUGGGUCUGGAAGCUGAAGAUCUACAAGGUGGUGUGGAGAAAUUUUCAGCGAGAUUGGAUCAGUUAUCCUUUGCGAACAUUGAGAAAGGCAUGUUGCUACGUAAAGACAUGAGCAAAGAAACAAUGGAAAAAGUGCGCAAUAUUCUCGAUGAUCUUUCCCGCGGAGCUUUGCAGUAUAAGGAUAGUGUAGACCUUUCGGCUUAUCGUUGCCUUGGUUUCACUAACAAAGAUGAUUCUGAAGAUCAAAAGAUGGUGCCAAUUGUUCGAAUAACUCGUGAUGGUACCAAAUACAAACGUAUCAACGCCAACCUCGACGUUACUGUUCCGGUCCUUUUUGGAGAUAGUCCAAAUGUCCUUUAUGAUCGUUUGCUCGAUGGGGUACGGCGGAGAGUUCGCGGAAUGGUGUUUGUGAUGAACGAUUCAUACAGUGUGCAGGGAGAUGUCGUUCCCACUGUUUCGCAAGUUUUUCUGCCUGUUGGAUGGUCAUCUCUCCUUCACCUCCAAUGUCCACUGGCCGACGAUAUGGAACAACAUUCAUUCCGUGUGAAGAUUCAUAAACUAUUUAAUCUUCCACUCGAUGUGCCAUGUAUACGUCCUGCUCAAACGAUUACUUUUGCUUCGUCCAAACUGCUACGAUCGCCUCAUCUCCACAUCACUAACUAUAAACCACGAGGAGUCGUUUCUGUAGUGAAAGGCGACUAUCGUUACCAUCACUAUAUGCAAGACGGAAUGGAUGAUGCUGGAAUAAAGGAUUGUUGUGAAUACGCUGCAGGUUGGGGAUGUGCCUAUCGCAGCUUGCAGUCCAUUUGGAGUUGGUUCAUCCUCAAUGGAUUCACAGAUAAGCCUGUGCCCACACACGUGGAAAUCCAGCGGUGCCUGGUGGAAAUUGGUGAUAAGGAAGAGAAGUUUGUGGGCAGUCGACAAUGGAUAGGUAGUACCGAGAUCGGCUUCGUCCUUGACCAUUUGCUAGGGAUCCAGUCACGUUUUAUUGUCACCAAUUCUGGAGCCGAAGUGGCUGAACGAGCACGCGAACUCGCAGUGCAUUUCCAGACGGUUGGCACUCCAGUGAUGAUCGGUGAGUAG